AUGGCGGGCGUGCGCGUGCGGUUCCACACCUACGCGCUGGUGUCGCUGUUGAGCGUCGUCGCGCUGCUUCUGCGGACCUGGUAUCUUCACGAAGAGUUCUACACCGUCGUCGCAGUGUUGAGCACGGGGAAGAUUGCGCUGGCGCUGCUCUACAACUUUGCGUUGAUGCUAUUUUUGGGCCUGGGCAAGCUCGCGGUGCGACUCAUGGUCGGGCACCUGCGCGACCUCGAAGUCGAGCAAAUCCUCGACAGCGGCCGCGGCUUCCUUCUCGACACCGUCCUCUUCCUCGUCCUUUCUUCGCCGACGCUCGAGGGCUCAGAAGUCUCCAGCUACGCACUGGCCAAGUUCCUCUUCAUCGUCGUCUCGCUGAAAACCGCCCACCUCGUCGUUCAAAUCCGUGGCUCCACGAUGUUCGAGGUGGGGCACCCGCGCGCGGGGGUUUUGUUGCGCCUCUGCGUGGUCCUCUUUUGUCUGCUUCUACUCGACUUCUGCGCAGUCCAUUUCUUCUUCGUCCACGCCAGCAAGGCCUCCACGUUCUACCUCUGGCUCCUCUUCGAGUGCUUAGGCAUGCUUGUCUCGUCGGCGAUCAGCAUCCUCAAAUUCGCCGCGCACAUCAUCGACGUCCGCCUUGACAACGGAUGGGCCUCCAAGUCUGCCGUCCUCUUCUAUCUGGAGCUCAUUCACGAUGUAACGAGUCUCGUGAUCUUCUUGCUCUUCAUGUCAGUGUUUUUCAUUACUCAACCGAGCCGGCUGCCGCUGUACAUGACUGCGGACAUCAUCCACGUCGUCAAGGCACUCUACAAGCGCAUCUUGUCCUUCAAAAAGUAUCGCGCACUCACGAAAAACCUCGAAACCAGGUUCCCGGACGCCACGGCUGACGAGUUGGAGGCGGCAGACACUUGCAUCAUCUGCAGAGACCUUCUUUUCGAGGGAUCGAAGAAGCUCCCUUGCAGCCACAUCUUCCACAUUGACUGUCUCCGUUCCUGGCUAGUCCAGCAGCAAUCCUGCCCGACGUGCCGCGCUGAAAUCCCCACUGACGACUCUGCUGCGCAGUCUCCGGCGCAGGCGCACACUGGAGCCGCAGAGCAGAGAUCUGAAGGCGAGAGAGGCGGAGACAGACCGCCGCCUUCCGUCGCUGCAGCGGCAGCGGCGCCGCCCACAGACCAGCCCGCCGGCGGAUAUGCAGGCCAGCAGAGCGAGACAGAGGCGCAGCAGAAGGGCACCGCCCGCUUUGUCGAGGACCCCCGAGGAGAAGUGGAACGGACUGACGCGCUGCCCGCAGGCGUGGGAGCGCCUCGCUUGGAAGCCCCGUGGAGCAGCCAUUCCGGAAACGCUUCUGUGGCCCAGGCGCUGCUGCAGGGAUUCCAGCUCGCCUGUCAAACGUGCGAGUUCUACCGAUUCCACGCUUCGUUAUGGAUGAUUGAGGCGCAACGAGCGCAGUUGGAGGCCUCGCGUCUGCAAGCGCUGCGCUCGUGUCAGGCGACGCAGCACAUACGUACUUGGGGCGCACACACGCAGAUCUCUGCAACACCGCAGUCUCCGUCAGGUGACGGUCUUGCGGCGGCGACGCCCGCGUCAGAAAGCGAGGCCGAUGCUGCGCCUGCGCCGCACGCUGCAGCGCCCAGCAACGGCCGCGAGUUUAUCGUCGUGUGCCCGAGCCAUUUGUUUUACCAGCAAAGCAACGCGGCGCUGCCGCAUCCACCAGGCCUGCCUUCCGUAAUGCCUCCCUUCGAAACGACACAGAUGCCCUCUGCAUUCGGAGGAUUUCCCUUCGUGGCUUCCAACGUUGCCCUCCCAAGACCAGACCAGUACGGCGUUGCGAAUGCGGAGUGGCUUCGACCAGUCCCAGGCGACACCUCAGCGGCGGCCGCGAGCGAACAGGGGCCGCUGUCGCAAACUCUUCCAGGCUUCCAGCCACCCGUUUUUCAGCAGUUGUGGCCGCAGUCUAGAGGGUACUACAGCGGGAGCCCGUAUGCACCGGCGGGCGCGGCAACGGCGACGCAUCCAGCCUCGUUGCAGCCGACGGCUGCUACAGUUUGCGCCGAAAAUACAAUUCUCGUCGGAGGCCAAGGCAAUGUAGAAGAGGCACGCACGAGGGAGGGCGGGCAGGAUAGUAGGCGCAAAUUGUAA